GGUUCUCUUUACGACUCCUGCCGCGUGUUUCGUUAUCGAGACGGUAAAAAGUCUCGGAAAUCUGAAUCCGAUCAAAUCUGAACAACACCGGCGACGAAUCUCUGAGCCGUAGAUUUAUAUUUCUUCCCGGAGAACGUACCAUCGUGAAUUGUCAUAGCGAGGAGAUGAUGUGUUGCUAACGGCCCAUUGAAAUCAGAUAUGUCAUCGGGAGGAGCCGGAGAGUAUAACGAAGACAGGCAUCUGUUGCGAUCCACCGGCGAUGAAGACAGCAUUGGUAGAGAGGAUGGUGAUAUCGAUGUUGAAUCUCAGUCUCCGGCUGUCAGAAGUGGAGCGGGAGGAGUUAGGGAUCUGUUUAAGCAUCUGGAUCGGAGAUUUUCACUCUCCGGGCGUCGUUUAAGCUUCAAACGGAUGGAGAAUAACAGAGUCGAUAGAGAGCGCCACAACCCGUCUUCUUCUUCCUCCGCGUUUUCGGCUGCAGAAGAAGAUGGCGGUGGUAUCAGUAAUUUACAUAACGUGGAUGAUCGAAUUGACGAGUACGGAUUUGAUGAAGAAGUGCUCGGAGAUAGUGCUCCACCUGAGUGGGCUUUGCUUCUCAUCGGCUGUCUUAUCGGUGUUGCCGCUGGAAUUUGUGUCGCUGGCUUCAACAAAGGGGUUCAUGUUAUUCAUGAGUGGGCAUGGGCUGGUACUCCCAACGAAGGUGCUGCAUGGCUCCGUCUACAGAGACUAGCUGACACUUGGCACCGGAUUCUUCUAAUUCCGGUCACUGGGGGUGUUAUAGUUGGGAUGAUGCACGGUUUGCUCGAGAUCUUAGACCAAAUCAGGCAAUCCACUUCUUCUCAGCGACAAGGACUAGAUUUUCUUGCUGGUAUUUAUCCCGUGAUAAAGGCCAUCCAAGCUGCUGUGACCCUUGGUACAGGAUGUUCACUGGGUCCUGAGGGACCUAGCGUCGACAUUGGAAAGUCUUGUGCCAAUGGUUUUGCUCUCAUGAUGGAAAACAACAGAGAAAGGAGAAUAGCUCUCACUGCAGCUGGUGCGGCUUCUGGGAUUGCAUCUGGUUUCAAUGCAGCAGUGGCAGGUUGUUUCUUUGCUAUUGAGACCGUUUUAAGACCUCUACGUGCCGAGAACUCGCCUCCAUUUACCACUGCAAUGAUAAUAUUGGCCUCUGUUAUAUCUUCGACUGUGUCAAAUGCACUGCUUGGAACUCAAUCAGCUUUCACAGUUCCCUCAUACGACCUGAAGUCCGCUGCAGAGCUCCCUCUGUACCUGAUAUUAGGCAUGCUUUGCGGUGCUGUCAGCGUUGUUUUUUCUCGUCUCGUCACCUGGUUUACCAAGUCAUUCGACUUCAUCAAAGAAAAAUUUGGUCUUCCUGCUAUUGUGUGCCCUGCACUAGGUGGUUUAGGAGCUGGAAUUAUUGCUCUCAAGUACCCUGGAAUUUUGUAUUGGGGGUUUACAAAUGUUGAGGAAAUCCUGCAUACUGGAAAGAGUGCUUCAGCUCCUGGAAUUUGGUUAUUAGCUCAGUUAGCCGCAGCCAAAGUUGUGGCUACAGCUCUUUGCAAAGGCUCUGGGCUUGUAGGUGGUCUAUAUGCACCAAGUUUGAUGAUUGGUGCUGCUGUUGGUGCUGUGUUUGGGGGUUCGGCUGCUGAGAUUAUUAACAGAGCUAUUCCUGGUAAUGCUGCUGUUGCUCAACCACAAGCUUACGCUCUGGUUGGAAUGGCAGCUACACUAGCUUCCAUGUGUUCUGUUCCGUUAACAUCAGUGUUACUGCUGUUCGAGCUAACAAAAGAUUAUAGAAUUUUGCUUCCCCUCAUGGGAGCAGUUGGUUUAGCUAUAUGGGUUCCCUCUGUCGCAAACCAAGGCAAAGAGAGUGAGUCAUCUGAAGGUCGCAACACUGGAAGAGGAUACUCUUCUGUUUCACCUUUAGAGCGUAAAACGGAAGGUGUAUGGAGACACACGGAUAAUGUUGACUCCCUUGAGCUCACCGUCAUAGAGAGCCCUGACCAUAAAUCCUUUUUGGAUGAGGAAACUAUUCUGGAGGAUUUAAAGGUUUUGCGGGUUAUGUCAAAGAACUACGUGAAGGUUUCUCCAGGAAUGACUUUAAGGGAAGCAAGAAAUAUCCUUAAAGACAGCCACCAAAACUGCCUUAUGGUGGUCGAUGAAGAUGAUUUUCUAGCCGGGAUCCUAACACACGGCGACAUCAGAAGAUACUUGUCCAACAACGUCUCAACAAUCUUAGAUGAGAAUACAUGCCAGGUUUCUUCAGUGUGUACUAAGAAUAUAAUCUACCGAGGCCAAGAACGCGGUCUGCUAACUUGUUAUCCAGACGCGACGGUUGGAGUAGCCAAAGAGUUGAUGGAGGCAAGAGGAGUGAAGCAAUUACCUGUCGUAAAACGAGGUGAAGUAAUUCACAAAGGGAAAAGAAGGAAACUGCUUGGCCUUCUUCACUAUGACUCUAUUUGGACUUUUCUCAGAGAUGAAAUGAGUCGGAGGAGAUCGAUCAACGACCGGAGAAAAGACAAAGAGGUUGGUGCAAAUGGGCAUUGAUUGGGUUUGUGCCCAUUUUGGUAUAGCUUUUUCUUUUCUUAAUUUUUGAGGUCCAAUUGAUUAUUAUUAUAACGAGGAAAACAUGAUCGUAAAAAUAAUAUUAAUAGUAACACACCUCUUUC